UUAUCCUAGACUUGCCUUGGUCUACCAUCUAAUUAGGUUAAAAAAAGUAAGCUAGUCCAGACCAAGCCCCAAGCCCGGACCGAUUAGCAUCGUCCUCUCUGGCGGGUUGAUUCCUCCUUACAUCCAUCCCCUCUCCCCCUCUCCCCCUCUCCCGCUUCCUUAUAUAUAUAUAUAUCUUCUUCUUUCGCGAAAAUCAUCAGAGAAUUUGUUCAAAAAAAUAUCGACGUGUUGGACUAUUUGUUUUUGAAAUCUGAAAAAAAAAAUCUGAUUAAACUGUUUCAGUUACUAUUACUGAAAUCGAAAAAUAGUUGAUAAAAUUUGAUUUGAUUUGAAGAGAGAAGGAUUUUAGAUUUAGUGAUAUGAAGCGAUCGAGGAAAUCAAACAGGGUUUCGUGGGCACCAGGUCUUUAUCUUUGUCAGCCCAUGAAGGAAUUAAGGGUAGUGGAUCUGAUUGCAGCAUUAGAGGAAGGGAGUUGCUUGAAGAACUGUUCUUUGAUGCUAUAUCCCCUUCAAGCACUCAGUUGAAGUACACAAUCUUGUGUCAGAAUCCAAAAAAAUGGCUUUAAUUGUAGUCUUUCAUGUGAUAAAAGAUACAAACUUUGUUGAAAAGAAAUGAAGAAAAAUGCAUAAGAACUGGAAAAGGAGAGGAUGGUUAGUUAAGUAAUCCUGCUAGCCAUAAAACACACUUGACUUAUUAGGAAGAAACAAAGAUGAUAGGUAAAUAAUUGUUCUAGGAGACAAGAAUUUAUUUUUUUGAUCUCUCAGAUUGUUUAUCCGUCCUAAAAUUAAAUGCUUAUUCUGCACUUCGGCACGGACAGAUGACAAUGAUCCAGUCAGCUUUAACAUGAUGAAAUGGUAAAAGAGAAUGUGGAAAUACUCGAGCUCUCCUUUUCUGUACUUUGGUUUGAAUAUAUGUUUCAGCUCUUUUGCUUAGUGAUUCAUCACGGCAUGUUUGAUAAGGUUUUAGUUUUGAGUUCAAAAUGGAUUCUAUUGGUGUUUCCUGUAAGCUAAUGUCAAAUUAUUAUAAUCAACACAUUUGGAGGGCCUUUCCAAUGUACAAGUUCAUGUCUGUAAUUUGGUAUAGGCUGUAAGAAUCAGUUGUCCUAAACUUCUCCUUGUAGAAAUUGGUUUUGCAUGAUUGCAUCAGAAUCUCUUUCUGUCCUGAUAGUUUGUAGUGCAUGGGAAGAGUGUACCAUAAAACCAAUAAUUUUAGGUUGCAAGUGGAGAUGAAGACUACCUUUUGCAUCUGGAGGGGUAAAUAUUGUUCCUCUCAUCAAUUAUUGAUGUAGUUGGGCACUGUGUCUGAAGUCCUUAACCAAAGUCCUUUCUUUGAUCUACAAAUUGCUCACUCAUUUGCACCAUUUGAAUCUGAAUUGAAUUUUCAUGUAGAUCAUUAGCAAGCACCAUUGAGAUGCUUCAUAGGACCAUUGGAAAUAUUUGGAGGUGUGGAACCUUUUUAAAAUGCUCUUAAUAUAUAAGUGGAUUAGUUGCUGGAAAUUUGAUUUCUGAUCUAUGAUUUUUCAAUUAUAGUAUGAGAGAAGAACUGCAAACAAUAUAAUCUGGAAUUGAUUGUCUGAUGCAUUGAGUCAUUUAUGUUUAUGUUUUCAUAGUUGAGUGUGCUCAUUUGUCAAAAUAGCAGGAGUUGAUUUGGGUGAAAAGGCGGCCAGGUUUGUAGUGUGUAUUUAGGAUCUUGUGAACCAAGUUAGAAUAUGUUUGGGAACGCGGUGCAAACCGCGAUCCCAAAAAUAUAUAUAUAUUUUUUUUAGCUAAAAUUUAAUAUGGUUUGUACGUUUUGGAUCGUUUUGAUGUGUUGAAGUCAAAAAUGAUUUUUAAAAAAUAAAAAAAAUCAUUGGCAUGCAUUUCGGCACAAAAUGUUAUUUUAAAAGCAACCGCUACUAUACUGCCAAGCACCCUCUAAUGUUGCUAAUGCGAUUUUAUUAGGUGGUUCAUUUAGUUUGGAUUUGUAUGAACGUUGCUUGCUCACACUGCCAUAAUGCUUUUGUUGACAAUUAGAUUUUCACCAUGACAGUGUUCUUUUCUAGGUCAUAUCAUAGUCGUUUGAGAAUUUACUGGUGCCCUAGUUUUUACUUGUGCUGAUUGAGUUGAUAGCUGUCUGCAGUCUUCUAACUAAUUUUUAAGCAGUUUAUCUUGCUCUCAGUUUUUUGAGUGCCCCUAGAUGAUUCCCUUUUAUGUUAAUGUAAGGGUUUCUAAAUGUUACUGGGUAUUUAUUUCUUGUUAUGGACCUGUUUCUGAUGUUUAAUAGGUGAGGCUGUUUCUAUCCGAGGAUUGUCCUUCAGAAGUUGGAGGACAAGUCCGAGAUCUUCUUCAGAAAAAUGCAUCACGGCUUUUGCCGAUUGCAAGCAGUAAGGAUUCGAAUGACCUUCCCCCUGGAUUUGAAGGCACUCGCUUUUUGAAUCCAUGUAUAAAGGAAUUAUCCUGCAUUCCUAGGGUUCAAUGGAAGUGCCCACCAAACUUUGUUGUGAAUUACAACUGGCGUGUCAUGGAUGGAGAAGAAAGCCAGGAGUCAGAGGCUCAAAAACUGAGGGAAAUGAGAGUUCUUGAAGCAGUUUAUCCACGCCCUUCUUCUGUUCCUCCCAGCCCUGCUGUUUCUUUAGACGUGGAAGAGGAAAAUUAUGAUGAUAGCCUCACUCCAAUUAUCCCUCUCAUUCCUGUUGAAGAAGAGGAAGCUGCAGAAAUGCCAGCUGCUUUGACAGAACCACUAAAAAACCCCACAACUUCCCUGUCACCAGCAUUGCCUCCAGUUUUAUUGUCAUCUGGAAUCCUGAACUCUUCAAAGUGCAACACCCCUGCUCUAAAUCCACCUGCAAGUCAAAAACCAGAACUUGGAAGAUUACCUGAUGCAGGUACUCAUCCAAUCACAGCAGCUUCUGCUGCUGUUACUGCUAUCAUGAAAAGCAAGGAGCAGGGAGGCUUGAUUGACACUGAUCUACUUGUUAAAAUCUUUAGCGACCCAAAAAUGGUUGACAAACUUAUCAGUGGCAAUCAAACACCUCCUGUUACAUCUAGGCCAGUUUCCAGUUCCAGGUCCCCAUUGUAUGCAAAACCUGCCAUGGUUUCAGCACCAUCCCCUGCUAAUGGAAACAUGCAGCACCUACCUAGUGAGGAGUUGCCCUGGUCAAAGCCAAUGGGUCAGAUUCCCAUACCCUGUCCAAAACCCGCAGUGCAUUUUCCAUCAAUGCCUUAUGAUGGAAGAUUGCACCAUCAACUUAGUCAGGUACAAACGACAGUAACUAGAACCUCUAUGAAUCAGGAUGCUGUUCCAGCGACUGGAUUAGGAGUUCCUGUGCCCAUUCAAGAACCUGGCAAAGUCUCAGCACCUAGGCCACCAGUUGGGAACUUGUUUUCCGCGUCUAAUUCAAUGCAAACUACACCAAGCCUUGUGCCUACAGAAUCAAAAACACCCCAAAUAUCUUAUUUCAAAGACAUCCAUUCCAACCCAAUGUUUGAUUUGGUGAAAUCCACUCUAGUUAAGAAGCCUAAACAGCCCGUCAGUGUUCCUCAAGCAGGAAAGAAAACUAACCUUGUGAAGGAUGUGAGCUACAUUAAGAACCUCAUAAAGGAACAUGGAACGGCAAAGAAAGAAAUGAAGGAUCGAAAUCUAUUCCAUAAUGGAAGUCAUUAUUAUAAUCAUACUCAAAACCCAGAAUCGAUACAAAACUCGAAAAACAGAGAAUUGAAGCCAAAGUUUCAGAAGCCUUGCAUAUAUUUUAAAACUCCCAAGGGAUGCCGGAAUGGCUCUGAUUGCCAUUUCCAGCAUGAUAUGUCAUUCCAGUUUCAGACUGGUAGUGGUGAUUCGAAGCUCCAAGUCACAAAGAGAAUGAAAUUUAGUGGGGAAAUCACUGCCGGGAGGACUUGACCUGGCCCUUCGCAUUAACUUGGACCAGAGCUAUGAACACGAGAACUUAAACCGGUAAAUCAAUUCUGAUCACGAUUUUGCUGUUGAUGUUGUACAGGGUGGGUGUAAGAGGUAUUGGUUUUGUCAAGAAAAGAAAAUGAGCUAAUGGCCUGGCAUCGCCAAAUGGAUUUUCCUUUAUUUAUUUAUUUAUCAAAUCAGAUGGGUUUUGCAAUUAA